UCUGACUCUUACAGCAUGGAUCUGGGCAAAGUGAAGCUCCAGAGGACUGGCCUCAACACUUUACACCAGGCCAUUCACCCUUUGCACGGGAUCGCCUGGACGGACGGGAAGCAGGUUUGCCUCACGUCUGUCUACUUUGUCGAGGGGGAGCCCAAAUUCGGCGACACCAAUGUCAUUGGACAGUUUGAGCACGUGUUCGGGCUGUACUGGGGGCCCCUCUGCUGUUCGGGGUCCCCCGCUCUGCUGGCCGUCCAGCACAAAAAGCAUGUGACUGUGUGGCAGCUGCAGCUCAGCUCCCUGGAGCAGAACAAGCUGCUGUGUACCCAGACCUGUGAGAUGAGUGAGCCCUUCCCUCUGCUCUCCCAGGGCUGUGUCUGGCACCCCAAAACCGACAUCCUCGCCAUCCUCACCAAGCGUGACGCCUCCGUCCUCUUCUCCGUGCGGGUGGACAACCGCAGGGUCAGGGCCGACAUCAAGGGGAGCGGCCUGAUUCACUGCGCCUGCUGGACGCGGGACGGCAAGCGGCUGGUGGUCGCCAUCGGCAGCUCUCUCCACGCCUACAUCUGGAACGACAUCCAGAGGAGCCUGACCGCCUGCUCCUUCUGCCACAUCUUCGACAUCGGGGGUUACAUCUGUGCCAUCGACUCCACCGAGGAUGCACAGGUAGCAGUGGCCACCGAACUGCCGGUUGACAGUAUCAGCGGCCUCAGCGCUGGCAUGGCGUUUGACUUCUCCAGUGAAGGCGGGUCUCCGAACCGUCAGCCCUCUGUGUCCAUGCUAGAAGAUGACUGGUGUUCAGAUGCGCGCAGGAGGUCCAUCGACUCGGAAAGGUCGUUGGCUUUGAGCUCUUCCCCUUCUCCAUACGGACCAGGGGACAUGGCGCACGUCCUCGCCAGGCACAGAAAGUCAGACCCCAAUCCGCUCAUCCACAUGAGACGCAAGGACCCCCUCACAGGGUCUGGACAAGAGUCAUCUUAUUUGAUCCUGGUGACUUAUGAGAGAAAGGUCACCACGGUCAGGAAAGUGAGCAUCCCUGGCAUUCUGGUCCCGGACAUAAUGGCUUUCGAUGCGAGCGGACGCACCGUGGCCGUGGCCUCCAACACCUGUAACAUGGUGCUGGUGUACGCAGUUACCCCGAUGGCCAUGCCGAACAUGCAGCAGAUUCAGCUGCAGAAGAAUGAGAAGCCGAAAGGGGUGUGUUUCCUGAACGACAGACUGCUGCUGCUGAUGAUAGGGAGGCAGAAGUCGAACGACCCCACAUUCCUCCCAUCUUCAAACACAGAGAAGUACACCAUCAGACUAAUGACAAAGGAACUCAUUUACAAUGAGGAAGUGAGUCUGCCUGCUAAAAAUCUGGAUUUGGGAGUACAUUACGCUGGGAUUAGGAGGCACUCUGACGAACCCUUGGGAAUGAGGGAGCACCUGGCUCCUACCAGGCCCGUGAGCCAGUCACCCAGCAACAGGAGGAGGCAGACUGAGGAGGGGAAGAGUGGCGAUCCAAGCCCGGUGACGAGCUUAGCCGACUUUUCAGACCGGGCUACCUCCAGCGCAUCAUCGAUCGCCAUCGAACACUUUGACAUGGAUCACAUCAAGCGGAUCGCUAGUCUGGCGGCGGCGGGGCAAAACAGCAAGGAGUCACGCAGAGCCAGCUCCCCCAGGCUGGAGGCACGAGACAACCUGCACUCUGAUCCCGCCCCGCUGAAGGACAGCUGCCCGCUGAAGGACAGUCCUCUGGAUCAGCUCUCCCAGAACAUGGAGAGGCUUUUCGCCAGGUUUGCAGAGGUGCAACAGUGUCUGUCAGAAAUAACUGAUUACACCCGGAAUGGGAGGAAGUUUACAGGAACCUACCCUUUGCCCUCAGACCCCCCUUUCAUCAACAUAACAUGUCAGAAGCAGCUCUCGGAGAAUGUGUUCAUCGAUGAGAGGCGGCCUGUACUGCUAUGCGAGAACAGGCUCCGUCUGGGCGUGGUCCAAGACCUCUUCAAUCUGUCCGUGGUGGAGAUGAUGCACGGGCCUCUGUGGGUGGUUCUUGUCGAAGACGCGGAUGGAUUCGUGCCGCUGACUUUCAAACAUGACAGCGAGCUCACCAUCCGGAACGGGAGGCGAAAGACAGCAGAGAGUUUUCCCCGGGAGCCGGAGGAAUCCGAACCGCCCCAGCAGCCCGAUCCACAUGGUUCUGAAACCUGA